AUAAAAAAAAAAAAAAAAGAGAGAGAAACAUUUCUGAUUUUGAAAGAUUUCUUGUUUUGUUUUUGUGCUGACAAAACGCCAAGACCAUGCAAAUUGUGGUUCACACGCUUAUAUAAGUUAAAAAGGUUGCAGCUUUGCAACAAUGUCUGCUGUGAGGAGAUAAAAGAUAGAGACUUUGAAGCAGUGAAAAGGGUGUAAAUGGGUCCUUUUUUCACGGCGGCGGCGUUGGUGGUGUUGCUUCCGAUCUGGGUUUUGGCGGCGGCGAAGCACCAUGAAGAGAAACCCAUGAGGCUGAGGUUUGGGGGUGAUGGGCAGUUUAAGAUACUGCAAGUGGCGGACAUGCACUAUGCCGAUGGGAAAACGACGCCGUGUGAGGAUGUGCUGCCGUCACAGGUGGCGGGUUGCUCUGACCUUAAUACGACGGCGUUUGUUCAGCGGAUGAUUCAGGCUGAGAAGCCCAAUUUCAUUGUUUUCACCGGAGAUAACAUCUUUGGGUUUGAUGCUACGGAUGCUGCUAAAUCAAUGGAUGCAGCAUUUGCCCCAGCAAUCACGUCCAACAUUCCGUGGGCAGCUGUUUUGGGGAACCAUGAUCAGGAGUCGGACCUUUCGAGGGAAGGGGUAAUGAAGCACAUAGUUAAGUAUAAAAGCACCCAGGCUCAACUCAAUCCUUCGGAUCAAGAUGUUAUUGAUGGUUUCGGGAACUAUAACCUGGAGGUAGGUGGAGUUCAGGGGACUGGUUUUGAAAACAAAUCGGUUCUCAACCUAUACUUCCUUGACAGUGGAGAUUACUCCACAGUUCCCUCUAUCCCUGGCUAUGGUUGGAUCAAACCCUCCCAGCAAUUUUGGUUCCAACAAACUUCAGCAAAGCUAAAGAAAGCAUAUAUGAAAAAGCCACAGGCGCAGAAAUCACCAGCUCCAGGGCUCGCAUACUUUCACAUACCGUUACCAGAAUAUGCUAGUUUUGACUCAUCAAACUUCACAGGAGUGAGGCAAGAAGGCAUUAGCUCUGCCUCUGUGAACUCUGGCUUCUUCACAACUCUGGUUGAAGCAGGCGAUGUAAAGGCAGCUUUCACAGGCCAUGAUCACCUCAAUGACUUCUGUGGGAAGCUAACUGGCAUAAACCUUUGUUAUGCUGGGGGAUUCGGAUACCAUGCAUAUGGGAAGGCAGGAUGGGAUAGGAGAGCAAGGGUGGUAGCAGCAACCUUAGAGAAAACAAAUACUGGAGGUUGGGGAGCAGUCAAGUCAAUCAAAACAUGGAAACGCCUCGACAAUCAGCACCUCAGUACUAUCGAUAGUGAGGUUCUCUGGACCAAGAGUUCUGCGGGUGCACGUAGAAAGAAACCCAUUGGCGGUCCUUGAGAGUAAUGAGCAUAUACAAGACCAUUGUAGGAAGAUAGCGAGGAAGUAGACAUGAAAAAGUCGUGAAACCACUUUGAUCUGGCGGAAAAUUGUCAUAUGCGUUUUGCAACUGAACAGACAAUAAAUGAAUACAAUUCAUGGAAGAAGACAAUGUAUCAAGAAACUGUAUGCUGUGUAACUGUGUUUUGAAAUGAGCUAACCAGAAAUCAAAUGAGAUACAACUUUUCAAUUGUACUUAUACGGAGCCUGUUGAUGAUAUUAGAAGGUUGGUUAUCAUUUCUGUUCA